GUUAUGUUAAGGAACUGAAGUGGGUACUAAUCAUAGAUAUCUAUGGUGUAAUUCAUGUUUUUCACAGCUGUCAAGGUGGACUGUUACUAUUAGCUAGGUCAACUUGCCUGUACGUUCUUACUAAUCCAAUAGUGGCUUUCUAAAUGUAAUUCACUGCCUUAUAAUGUGUACAACCUGCCGUCUAAAUGACUGCGAACGAAUGUCCGUGAAAACGUGGUAGCAAAGCAGUAGGAAGCUAUCUUUGGGCCGGGUGAACAAUGGGACCUUCAAAGGUCUUGUGUGUGCUUCACCGUGCAAACAUGUUUUCACCUGCGUGGACUGCAUGCCUCGGCCGCUCUGUGGGCUGUAAGGUGGCUUUGGAUCUGGGCCGGCCAGCAUCACUGGCCGCGCAGCAGCGACGGCGCUACUGCAUGCAGUCAGCCCUCAAUCCUCACAUGGGCGAGCUGACGGACAGGGAGAGCAGGGUCCUGGCGCGGCUAUACGAGGGACUCGUGACGGGGCAGAGGGCCUGUCUGGCGGAGUCCAUAACCCUGGUGGAGACCCAGCACCCUCGGAAGAAGGAGCUGGCGCAGGUUCUGCUCCAAAGAGUCCUCGCCCACCGGCGCCAACAGGAGCAACUUAACGGAGGGAACCCUUUGGCUUUUAGAAUAGGGCUGUCGGGUCCCCCAGGGGCAGGCAAGUCUUCCUUCAUUGAGGUGUUUGGGAAAAUGCUGACUGGAAGUGGCCACAAAGUUUCAGUUUUGGCCGUAGACCCCUCCUCCUGCACUACAGGCGGGUCUUUAAUGGGCGAUAAGACCCGCAUGACAGAGCUGUCUAGGGACAUGCAGGCCUUCAUCCGACCGUCCCCCACGUCCGGCACGCUGGGAGGGGUCACCAGGACCACCAAUGAGGCCAUAGUUCUGUGUGAAGGAGCCGGGUACGAUAUAGUUUUAGUGGAAACAGUAGGCGUGGGCCAAUCAGAGUUUGCAGUUGCAGACAUGGUGGAUAUGUUUGUUUUACUGAUUCCACCUGCAGGGGGCGAUGAACUGCAGGGGAUCAAGAGAGGGAUCAUUGAAAUGGCUGACAUGGUCGUGGUCACCAAAGCAGACGGAGAUUUGCUGGUUCCUGCACGCAGGAUACAAGCUGAGUAUACCAGCGCCCUGAAGCUGCUAAGGAAAAAGUCCAAAACAUGGAACCCAAAGGUGGCGCGGCUGUCAUCGGUGACGGGCGAGGGCGUGCCGGAGCUCUGGGCCCGCAUGCAGGAGUUCCGGGCGGCGGCACUGCGCGGCGGGCAGCUGCAGGCCCGGAGGCGGAGCCAGCAGAAGGUGUGGAUGUGGAGCCUGAUCCAGGAGAACGUCCUGCGCCACUUCCGGGACCACCCCGCCGUCAGGGACGCCCUGCCCUCGCUGGAGGACCGCGUGACCCGCGGGGACAUCUCCCCCGGCCUGGCGGCCGACCUGCUGCUCCGGGCCUUCUCCUCGGCGCAGUGACGACGCCCGCGGUGGCCUGAGGCCUCCAGCACGCACAGCCACAAACUGUUUUACCCUUUCAUAUGCAGGGGGACUGAUUUUAAUUUUAUUAGAUUUUUUUAAUUGUCUGGUUUGAAUGAAAUAAAUCAGUGAAGUGAAACUAUAUCAUACAAGUUCUUGUUAUCUUUCGGUGUGGUUAGGACAGGACAGUCUGUCUGUGUACCUGACCUGUUGCCCUGUGUUCUUGAAGUGAUCCAGUUUUGCUGCGAAUUCCCUCAACCACAGGGACCUUCUCUGUGAGCUCUCUGUUCCAGCAUGGCAGAGAUUCCAGAACCUUCUCUGCCUUGGAAGGAUGGUGGCCUUGGAAGGAUGGUGGAUGAAGACCUCACUCUCAGUGCCAGCACCAGGGUUGCUAGGCGAUUUUAGAAUGCCAGGCCAAGAUGACAUCAGCAGUCUCCCAAAAAAAGUGGGGAAAAAACCAUGACAUUGCAAGGCCAAAAUCAAAGUCAGAAUCACAAUUGCCUUUAACAGCAGUCUAAGAACAAGCUAAAAACAAAAGACCAAGUUGCCAAUUGGCUUGUUACCACAAGCUUGUUACUAAGGGAACACUGCCUGAAUGUGCAGGCUCAGAGUGUGUUCUUGUGAAGCUGAUGCUUUCACAGAGAAGAUUUAUUUCAGAGAAAGAAAGCCAGCACAGCCGAAGUGCCAGCUGGCUUUUCUUUUUCACAAGUCUCUGCAGCCUAGGUCACAAUUCUGCCGACAGUCUUUUUCCAAGUCUUGACCAUCAAAAAAAAAAAAAACGUGCUUAAUUAGUAUUCUGUCACUGGUACUUGCUCCAGACAUGGCCAGCAGUUUGACUAUUAAGCUGGAAAGGAAGCUGAAGUUUAUUUUAACACUGGUAACCACUGUGUUGUUUAUAAACAUCUGGAGAGUGAUAGAUCCCAUGUUAAGAUUUUUAAUGAGCCUUCAAAACAAUUCAGCCAUACAUCUGUGCACAGAGGCUUAGUUUUGUUGUUACUAGACUUUCUACGUUUGUAACCACAAAACCACAUGAAGCCUGUUCAUUGGUGGGGUAUCCAGUCAAGGAGUCCAUUGUACACCACUUUGAAUGAACAGACAAAACUGGCACUCAACAAAAUACAAAUAAAGUAUUCCCUACUCUGUAUAACUGCCAGACUGCUUGACUGAUGAUGCUCAUUACUGUCCAUGGAAUUCUUACAGGACAUAGGUAUUCAUUAUUCUACAUGCAUGUGAGAUAAUCUAAUAACUUUUAAAAUAUGUUAUAUGUUACAUUCUACAUUUUACAUCUUAAUUUAUACAGCUGAAAAGAUACUGAAGCAAUUUCACAUACCACAGAAUAGUUGACAUGUGGAAGUCAGGAGUUACGUUUCCUUUGUCACUGCCACUAGAUGGCAGUAUAAAUCAAUUAUUCACAUCAGUGUUUAAGUUGUUUUUGCGAGACUUGUCAGCAACUCAUAGUUGAAUAAUAAAACACUUCUGUUGGAGAGGUGUGACAAAAACCAUUUUUGUUGUUUCUUUGAGUUGCAUAGAUUCCAACUGAAAGAAACAAAUUCAGCAUAUAGACACUGAAUCCCCAUUCCCCCCCAUGUUCAUAAUAAAUGGACAUCAGAAAUCAAUUCUAUAAUGGAAACCUACUGUAUUUGCAGUCAUACGGAAUUAUUUUAAGAGCACCAUAAUUCUUUUUCGUGUUCGACUUAACCCUAUCGGGUUUCUAUGCCAACACCGCAACAUCUGACAGCGUUUUGUGCUCUGAAAGGAGACAGUGUUUCACAGUUAGCACAACUGCUGCACGUUGAAACACUGAAUAAACCACUUCUUACUAAGAUUCCUCAGAUGUGAAAGGCUUCAUGGGGCAAUUGUCUAAGCUUUGGAUUUGUGAAUUAAACGUGCUUUAAAGUAGCACACAUAAGCACAUUCAGACAGUACAUGCACUUAAACUGAAUAAUUUGCAUGUAUAUGUUCAAAGAUACAUUAUAACAGCCAUGGUUUGGAUUUGAAACUGGAGUGGAGUUUCUUUUCCCACCGUUAAAUGAUGACAUAAUGAAUAUAAAGUAUUUUAUUGAAGGGUUGUUUUCUCUUUAUUUUAAUAGACAUUUCCACUUUGUACUCUUCUGCAUUUGAGAAUAAUUUAUUGGAAACAAAACAACAGAUUCAUCUCUCAGAGAAGCAGUGCAGAGGUUAAAAUGUUUUGAUGUUAAGAUGUUUUUGGGAAAUCAUCUGCUGUUUAUCAGAAACACUUGUAAACAAAUUGGUUGCAUGUUUACUACGUCAAAAAGAACGCCAAACAAAAUUAUGCUUUCUCACGGACUAGUGAGAAACAUCCAUUGUAUGUUCUUCCUGUGCCUGACUAAAUUAAUAUUGUUAAAUAAAUGACAUUGUCUUUCAGGAUG